AUGUCAACCAUCUACCGAGAACGAGAACGCGAGCGAGACUGGGACGCUGUCUCUUCCCGCGGUGGGGGGCAGACUUUUACCACGGUCAAGCGCUACAAGGUUCCUGACAAGCCGUCUCACUCGCACUUCGACGAAGAAGAGUAUGAGGACGUCAAGGAGACCCGCAUCGUCCGUGAACGAGAGCGCUCGCCGCCUCGUGACGUCCGCGAGGUCAGGGAAUACGUCGACAUCCGCGAAACCGAGCGCGAGCCUGCUCCACGAGAGAUUCGCGAGUACCGCUACGUCGAACGUGAGGUCGAGCGUUCGCCGUCACCUCCCCGCCGCGAAGUUCGCGAGUACCGCAUCGAGCGCGAGAUCGACCGCUCGCCGUCCCCUCCACCCGUGAGAGAAUACCGCAUCGAGCGCGAAUGGGAGAGAGAACCACAGAAGAGCCCGUACGAGCUCGAGCGAUACUCGAAAUCGACCGAAUACUUCUCCAGACCCGAACCCGCUCAACCCAUCGUCAUCCGGCAAGAAGUGCCACAACCCAUCAUCAUACAAGAGCCAGCCCGGCAACAAAUCAUAGUCAGGCGAGAAGAGCCACAGUACGAGAUCAUCGAACGACCAGAGCCUGAGCCUGAGCGCCAGGUCGUUCGUCGGGAGCCACGCAGGGAAGAAGACUACUAUUACGAGCGAAAAAUCAAGGAAGUGGAUCGUGGCGGGAGACCUGAGGAACGAUACUACGACGAGAGAGAAUAUGGCCGCGACCGGCGUGGACGUGAUGAUCGCGAGGCGUACAGCGACGACGACAUUGUGUUCAUUCGCAAGGAACGUGAUACCUGGGGCGAGCGCGAUGUUAGUCCUCACCACAAGCGCCAUCUAGCUGAAGGUGUCAUCGGCGGGGUGGCCGCUGCGCAGUUGAUGCGGCAUCACAGGAAGAAGCAAGGGGAAGACCCAGGCCAUCAUAUCCGGCAAACCGUUGGCUACGGUGCCUUGGGAGCAAUCGGCGCCGAAGCCGUGAGUCGUUUCCGACGAUCUAGAUCACGCUCUAGGUCGGGAUCUCGAGAUCGUGGUCGUAGACAUCGCUCUUCGUCGAGAAACAAGAAGCUGGGCACUGUUGCUGCCAUUGCUGCGGUCGGUGCUCUCGCAUACGCCGCGAGCCGUAACAACAAGAACAAAACAGUUAUCGAGGACCGCCGAAGCAGAUCGAGGCGCAGGAGGUCCUCUGUCAGUGUGGUCAGCGACACUGAACGAGAUAGGUCUUCUAGCAAGCACCGAGAUCCCGAACACCGCAACCGUCGCGUUGCACAAGCCGGUCUUGCUACUGCUGCCGUUGCUGGCUUAGUCGAACGUGCCCGAAGCAAGUCACGAAGCAGGAAGGGUAAAAAGUCACGGAGCCGAAGCCGAAUAAAGACUGGGGUCCCUAUCGCUGCAGCUGGUCUCGCCGGAGCGGCGGUCGCUGGAUUGUACGAGAGGCAGCAAGCCAGGAAGGAAGAGAAGCUGGAGAGGUCGAGAUCAAGAUCAAGAUCCAGGUCGGUACGUUCCGGCAGAAGACAUAGCACUUCAAGUGACACUGCCCUUGUAGAGUACGGUGGUGAGCCAAUAUAUACCGACCCUCCUGUGAGCAGCCAUGCGCGCCAUUCUCGCAGCCGUGGCUACGACGACGAUCCAGCAGAUCGUAGGGGCAGACAUCGGGACUCAUCCAGUUCGUCAGAUGGUGGUCGCCGUCGGUCAAGCCGCAGCAGGAGUAAGAGUCGGAGUAGAAAACUAGCAGAAACAGCCGCUGUUGCUGGUGUUGCUGGUGUGGCUGCCCAUGAGGCUGCAAAACGACGAGAAAGGAAAAAGGCGGAGAAAGAGGAGCGGAGGCGUCAUUCUGAGGAAGCCAACUACUCUAAUGACAGCUUCUCUCCUCCUCCUCAUCCUCCUCCUCCUCCAAAUGGACAGCCCGAUGCAUACUUCCCCCAGUCGAAUUACUUCCCUCCGCCGCCCAGAUCAGCAACAGAGCCCUACCCACCAGAGCCUUAUCCACCAGGUCAAUAUCACCCUUACAAUCCAGCAGAUUACCCACCCCCUCCGGGUGCCGUGCCUCCUCAGCAACAAGCACCUUACGGUUACACGCCUCCUCUCCAGGAGCCUAAUCCUUAUGCACAAGAUCCUAGGUACCACCAACCAGGUGACAAUGUGAGUGCUCAGUCUACUCCAGGGCACAACGAUGAUGGUUUAAGCACACCUCGUAGCUCUUCUCCGGCGGACACUUCCAAAACCGUUAAAUUUAACCUCGAUCCUGAAGAGAAAACACUAUCGCCAGAGCGUCGUACGUCUCCAGAUCGGCGGCACUCAUCAGAAAGUUCAAGAGAUGGACAUCAUGAUAGGGGAAGAAAAGAUAGGCGCUCGAAACAUCGUAGUCGCGACGAUUCCCCUUCUUCGGUCUCAUCGGGUGAAACUAUCGAUCUUCCGCCCCGAUUCGAUGAGUCCGGCCGAGAAAAGUCCGACGAUCCUAUUGCUGAUAAACUCGAGGAUUUGCUUACCGGUAAAGGAACGGCUGGGAAGCUUUUUCAGCGUUUUGCGGGUGACUUGCUUGGCUCUUCUUCGUCUUCUUCGUCUGGACGAAGGAGAUAA